AUGGCCGUUCCCGUUCCCGUUCCCCUACUCUUUAGCCUGUCAAUCCAUCCCUCGGCACAGAUGCGGACGAGCGAAGCUGCUGCAAGCGAUGCUUUCGUCCCAUCGGCCGCAAGGGAUCGAUCCCUCGUGACCGACUCGACAGCUGGCGGGACGCCAAGGACGAGCUCACCAUACUUACGCCUGUGCCUGUACAUUCUUGGCAUCGCCAUGGCAGUGGGGCUGACACCGAGACAGGCAAAAGAGUACAUACUCGACCCGCUAACGGCACCUGAACCGCAUCAGGAGUCGGCCAUGGUCGCCGGCACCUCCAUCUCUCACCCGCCGUCGUGCCGGUACGGUGACGCGCGGGCCCGUCCGAGCCACGCAUCGCCGUGCAACUCUCCGCGUCGUCAAGGCCGCCGAGGCGACACCGACGCCAAGUCCAAGUACGAGUACGAGUACGAUUACGAGUACAGGUACAAGGACGGCUACGACGAUGACGACCACGUGCUCGAGCACGAGUACGAGUACAAGUACAGGUACCCUACACCGCCCUCGUCGAAAGCGGCGAGUCCGACAGCGACGACAGCCGCCGCCACCGACGCCAACGGCAGCGACAGGCGCAGGGGCAGGCACCACUGGGACGUAGACGCCGACGGCAAGAGCAGGGGCGUCGACGGCAAGGGCGACUUUGCGCGCGACUCCAAGAGCAAGAGCAAGGAGCCGCCGAGCCCAAGCCGCCUGCCGCCGUCGAACCCGUAUGCGAGCGCCGGCGACAAGCCGGCUACGUCAUUGAGCCAGCCGCGCCUGCGUCGUGAGCCGACGGCCUUGAGCCUCGAUGAAGCGCCCCCGCCCGCCUAUUCCGAAACGGCCGGCCCGAGCGACUACCGAUUGCGGCAGCCUCGUCUGUCUCAGCAGCCUCGUCCGCCUCAGAAGUCCCAGGGGCAUCGUCGCUAUCUCAGCGUCCCCACGACGGCCUCGUCCUCGGCCCCUCGCCCCGACAGCUGCGGCCCGUCGUCGUCGUCGUCGUCCAAGAAGCACGCCGGCAACCACCACCAUCACCACCAGUAUAACCAGCGCAGCCGCAGCACGAACGCGAGCGCCGCCGCACCCUUCGCCCGCGAUCUGGACGGCCCCAGCUCCCACCUCGCGCGCUACCCGGGCGACAUGGCCCACCGACCGCUCGACAUGAUCCGUGCCAACGUUCGUCAGGCCGACCGAGGCCCCCAUCGCCACCGCAAGCGCAUCUCCGAGACGGACACCAUCGACGCCCUCGACACCAUCGGCGGCCGGUACCACCACGGCGGGCCUUACGACGCGACGCUCGUCAGCCGGAACCUCGACAAGCGUUACAGCCCCGUCGCCGCCGUCCAGGCCACCAACAUGGAAGCCCUCCGCGCGACGCCGCGCGAGAACAUCAUCGACAGCCUCGAGCGCCACGUGCCCCUGCAGGGGACCUCGUCCAUCCCCGCCGGCGACUGUGACAUGAGCGGCAACGUCAUGCGUUACAACGAGGGCGCCGACCUCAUGAGGGAACCCGACGCCGAGGGCGGUGCCUACAAGCGCUGGGCCGGCGUCAACUACCACCCCGACGAUCUCAAAGGCAAGGGCGAGCCCUCCUUCACCAUCGAGCGCGACCUCAAGGCUGGCAAGCGCCGCUCCCACCUCGGCAUCAUCCCCGACGGCGACGCCAUCGAGAUGCAGUCCGGCGUCAACGACAAGCACAAGGACGGCACCAUCGUCAUGGAGCGCAGCCUGAGCAACGUGCCAGGCGCUUCCUCGAGCGGCACAAUCUACGGCCCCGGCCCGAGCUCCGCCACCACUGCUCUCGGCCGCAGCCGCUCCACCGGCCACAAGCUCAGCGACGGCAUCAAGCGCCGCUUCGGCAGUCUGCGACAUCACAAGUCCCCCGCAGUCGACGAGCAAUGA